CUUGUCUGAAUUCCCACGGGGUUGAAAAGUGGGAACGUACAGCCACAAUUAUGUGGUACUGUGGUACAAGGUAAUUAUUUGGAAAUCACAGAAAACCGUCCAACCUCUGUCCAUGCACACUCUCGAGCUCGCGUUAACAUUUCCAUUUCAACCUCAUACCUGGCAUCAAUAAAUACUAAUGGUCCAUUCCAACCGCGAUGAUCCAGGGAUCCUUUCAAAUGUUUUCAGUUUUGUUUCGCGAGAGAUUGGCGAGUUCAUGAUAAAUGCUACCGGUAAAUCUGAGGUACGUUCUGAUUUUAAACGAAUUAAACUGAAAAUUGAUCACCGACACAGUCCGGUCCAUCCAAACGGAGACAGGGACGUGAUGCAAAAUAUAAGGAGCGGGGCAGGCAACGAAAAGGCUAUGAUGGGGGGAUGAUCGAGCAGUGGAGAGAGGCUAGCGGUAGCGAGAAGCAUCAAGAUCAAGUCUACGCCGAAAUAACGUCUAGCAUGACCUCCCGCUCCCCAUCUCCACGUCAUACCAGCCAUUCAAGAGGCAGAAAAGUCCGCCCUCGUCCUCAAGAUGAUGCGCCCCUCCCUUCGUCACACUCUGAACCGACAUACCCCCAUCUACACAGAACUUCCAUCACAAUGCCUGGCUCACUUUUCCCCCGAUCAGAUUCGCCCCAACCCGAUUCCGUACUGCGUACUCCUCAAUCAACUCUCGACGUCGACGCACAAGACUUGGAACCCGGCCCUUCCAAUUUUCAUCACAAAGCUCCCGCAGACCAAUCUGGCCCUUCUCCCUGGCGCACCCGCCCCAUCGCCUCCGUCCAUGACGCAGUUGAACGAUUUACCGCGAGUGGAGGGGAAGAGAGGGACUUUUCGCUGUUGGUUGUCAGUAGUCCUACGGGUCCUGUAGAUCCGGAGAGCUUAGGCGCCGUACUAGCAACGCCGCAUCUGCCCCUGGGUGGUGUUUCGCAGAAGGGGAAACAACACGCUGUUGAUGAUGGAGAUGAGGAUUUAGCAUUUAUACUCGAUCAUCACCGCGUGCAAGAUAAGGUAAAACAGGAUAGGGACAAGGAGCGCAUUAGAAUGUUGGAGGAAGAAGUCAGGAUAUUGAAGGAAAAGCUCUCCCGUCGCCGCCAUUCGCCAACUCCUGAAACCCAAACCCAAGUCCCAAUACCACCCCCACCCCCACCCCCACUUCCUCCUCCUCCCGGCGUCCGCAUUCCCCUCCCUCCUUGUCUAGGCGAAAACAAAGUCCUUUUUGCAAGUGCGCGCGCUGCCUUACGCUCAACCGAGGCCGGUACGACCGGGAGCACAAAUGAUCUGGCAAGGUCAGCAAGUGGUAAGGUGAGACAACCAACCGUCAACGUUCCUAGCGAUAAAAUGGCUGCGUUCUUGAACGAGAUGAGGACGGUGCGGUUGAGGAAAGUGGGGUCUGGACCUGGACCUGAGGGACUAAGUAGGAGCGUUAGUGAUCGACCCGUGGUCGAUCGACCUGGGCCCAGUGGAUUAAGCCGUAGUGUGAGUUCGAGUGCUGCUGGAGUAGAUGGGCGGAGAGACAAUGUGGCGAGGCGUAAGUCGACGGGCGUGAAAGCGCCUGUUGGUUCAGCUGCUUACGGUCUCACUUCUGCGUCGACUAGCUCGUCGAGACCAGCUUCUUUUUCCAGCGUGAGUAAAGCAGUAUCGACCUCAAAAUUCCCUUCCACCUCGAGCAUUCCCAAACCGAAAUCUGCUUCAACCGCGUUGAAACCAUCAUCCUCACACACUUACGCGGCCCCUUCAUCGCACGCAACCUGCCCAGCCUUAAAUAACAAACGCAAAGCAGAUGUCCUAGGCGACUCAGAAGGGAGAUCUACUUCCAAACGACGUCCAGGUACUUAUGCGCAAGCCCAAUCAGACACGAGCUCUUCAUCGUCAUACUCAAGAACACACGAAUUUGCCGGUCCCACACACUCAAAUCUUUCACUCCCAGGUCCAUCACAUACGAACCACUCCUCACUAUCGAACGAAACAGACAUCACCACUCCCUCUUUAUGCUCUGAUAACGAGCUUGGAGGGGACGCGGAUGGUAGGAUGCCAUCGACGCCGCCUGCACCAAGGUCUGCUGCAGCUACAGUUCAGAAUGCGCAUGAUGAUGUUAUAGAGAUUACUGACAUGGAUAUGGAAGACAAAAAUGUCGAUAUCGAGCCUGCACAUAAUCAUGUCACGCCCUCCCGCCCACAAAGCGAUUUGUUCAGGAAACGCCCGCCGUUGUCGCCGUUGCCUGUACUAACGCCAACGAGGGCGCGAGCGCCUGCGCGUGCCAAGGGGAGGAAGUCUGUGCCAACGCCUGAGAGGACAAAGAGGGGUGCGACGCCGAAGCCGAAGAGUAUCAUGCUGCUCGACGAGGAUGACGAGGAUGACGACGACGACGAUCAGCCGGAUGAGCUGGCGUUACCUCCGAAGUUGAAAUGGCGGCGCGAGGUUCAGCCCAGAGUCGCAAACAAUUCAAAUGCGGCUAAUGGCAAGGGCAAACGACGACUGACGUUAGACGAAGAGCUUGCACGGGCAAGGUCGUCUGAUCGGCUUGUGGAGCUUGGAUUAGAAAGUGGGGAGCUGUUUGGGACAGGCACUGGGAGUGAACGACGAGGAUUCCUAGCUGGGGGUGGUGCGGGUGGUGUGCCUGUGUUUAUGGGCGCAGGGUAUGUUCGGGGUGUCGAGGAGGGCCUGCCAGUGUCGAGGAUACCGCGGCGAAGAGGCUAGCAUGUUUCAAAAUAUUUAUUGUAAUCUUUAUCGCAUUCCCUUGACUCUCGUGUAAUUUCUUGUAUAGCUACUAGUACUUCCGGCUCAAAGAAAGUGAAAGUCAGCAAAUAUAUAUUGCUGUCCCCUUAGCAUGAUCAAGGCAUAAUAUUAAUAGAAUUUUAAGUGAGA